CUUUUUCCAUCAUUGUGUCUGCUUGGGAAAACUUUAACCUCCUCUAAACCUUGCAUAUUUUUGGUUCAACGUUUUGGUUUGCAUCUGUGUUUACGAGGUACAAACUUACUACCCAUAAAAAAAAAAAAGGAAUAAAACAGAAAUAGUCGUGUAAAAGAAAAACUGGGUUAAAGGGAUAAUACUUGCAGAAAACAUAGUAAUGAAUAAUUCAGCAAAUGCUUAUGCUAGCCAAUUAUACGGCAGUUAUGAUAAUCACCAGCUGUAUGCAGCCACAUAACCACGUAGUGUGCAUGUCAACAGUUUUCCUUUCCCUGCCUGACGCUUGCAAGUGGCACAGCUGCUAUCUAUAGUCCGACUCUAUUUUCAGACCAUGCAGACAGGACGCAAUGGAACUCACACAAACCUUUAUUUACCGUCCAGAUCUGCUGGAAAAAUGGCUAAUCUACACUUGAGUCACAUGCGGAGUUGUCUCUUAAGAACCUGUUUUAGGAAGAGAAAAGAGCCAGUAUUUAAGGAGGGAUCAUGGAAGUGCCUGAAGGCCUGGGAGUUAACCAGUGUGUUCAUGCUGAGAAUUCGACCCCUGAUCCGGCACACCAGGCGGGCAUGGUGAGAGUGAAAGUGGAGGAGAGCUGGUUCACUGUGGAGCAGGCCUUGCUGGUAAGAAACAGUAGCUACUUUGGUGCUCUCUUCCGCUCUGGGAUGACUGAAAGCCAUCAGGAUGAGCUCCACCUUAAGGGGGGAGUUUGUGCAAGGGGUUUCCUCAUCGCCCUUGCUGUCUGCAGGGGAGAGAUUCCCACUCUAGCGGACCCGGAUGAGCUUGUAGAGGCCGUAGAGUGUGCUGCUUUCUUGCAGGUGGAACGUUUGGUGCUGCAUCUUUGCGACAUAAUUGACUCUGAUAACUGCCUAUUGCUCUACCAUGCGGCCCAUAUCUUUGGGGUGCAUGCACUCUUUCACAAGGCUGCCCUUUUCCUUUGUGAUGCUUUUGAAGAUUUGAAGGAAGCAGCAGAGAGUACAAUCCCCGAAGAACUUCUUCAGCAUUCUCAAUCAUUAUCCCCUUCCUCUUUCAUCGCGAUAGGCACACAUUCUCCAUCAAUGGAAUCGUUGCACGACUCCUUCAGAGUUGUUUGCUACCUUGAUGAAAAAGCAGGAGAAUGGAAGCAUCUGACCAACCUCCCAACUCUGUGCAGCACCUCCAUGGCUGGCGUGGUGGUUCUUGACAAUAGAUUGUAUAUUGUCGGGGGAGUUUAUGGUUACGGUAAGGACACAGUGGAUGGCAGCUUCUGCUACGAUCCUGAUUCAGGAGUAUGGACAGCUCUCCCGGGUCCUCAGCAACCAAGAUACGACUUCACCUUGCUGGGGCACGAAGGACAACUCUAUGCCAUUGGCGGGGAAUUUAAAAAACGGACAAUUUCCACAGCUGAGAGUUACAAUGUUGAGACGGGAGAGUGGACUUUCAUUCAACAUGCACCAAGACCAGUAGCUUCUGCAGCUUGUGCUGUUGCAAGACGGCGGAUGUUUGUUUGCUUCUGGAAACCACCAGACACCACAGAUAUUUAUGAAUACAUACCAUUGAGAAACGAGUGGAAACUCGAAACCACAAUGAUCAAACCUCAAAGUUAUGGCCACUGUAUGGCUUCUCACAAGGACAACUUGUAUGUGAUGCGCAAUGGGCCUUCUGAUGACUUCCUGCGCUGCUUAAUGGAAUGCUACAACAUUACGACUGGUCAGUGGACAGCCAUGCAAGGAAACUAUAUCAACAGCAAGGGAGCGCUGUUCACAGCAAUGAUAAGGGGUGACUCCGUGUUCACAGUUAAGCACAUGCUAACUCUGGUGUACACCAUCACUGGAGAUGGAUGGAAGCCUCGCAGGCAGAUGAAGGGAUUUCCAAAGAGUGGUUCACUUUGGACGUGUUUACUCAGGCUUCCCAAGUCGGGACCAGUUACACCACAGCUGGAAGCAGAAGGGAAAGAAGUAGUAAUGCCUUUGCCAGACACAUCCGAGGGAUUUGUGGAAGCUUUACUGCAACUGUGA